AUGGCUUCAGCGACCGGCGUCCCCGAGCAGAACCCGGCAUUGCAAGAGGAAGAACCACUCCUCGGUCGUCCCGGGGAUGUCACGCAGCGGCCCGGACAAGGACUGCAAUUCAAUCUGAUCAAAGGAACCGCCAUCCUAGCGCAAGCAGGCAUAGUGAUCCUCACAGCCCUCGUCUGGGCAGCCGUCUUCCAAGCCGACCUGAUCUUCUUUUCGUUCCACCCACUCCUCAACUCUCUCGCGCUCCUCUUACUCGUUCAAGGCGUGCUGGUGCUGCAACCGACAGCUCUGCAAAAGGACAAGAUCAAUGGGACAUAUACACAUGCCGUGUUCAAUGGGUUGGCUGUGGCAGCCCUCAUCGCCGGUCUGGUCAUCAUCGAAAUGAACAAGGCCUCACAUCCCGAGACGCGGUUCCAAAGCGUCCAUGGCAAGAUGGGCUUGGUCGCUUAUAUACUCAUUUUCUUGCAAUGGCUCGUUGGGUUUACGUCGUUCUUUGCGCCUGAGCUGGUUUAUCGGAGUGUCGACCGCGCAAAGUCGAUUUAUAAGUAUCAUCGGAUCGCCGGAUACACCAUUCUGACGUUUCUGUUGGCUGUCGUUGCUGCUGCCACCACUACGCCGUAUAAUGUCCACGUUCUGCAUAUCAAGCUGUGGGCCGUCCUGGUGGCUGCGGUCUUUGUGCUGCUUGGUGUUAUUCCGAGGAUCAAGAAGCAUAAGUUGGGGUUCUAA